AUGUCUUUGGGUGUCCCUCUCAAAAUCAUGCAUGAAGCUGCUCAUCACAUUGUUACAGUCGAACUCAAAACAGGCGAGAUGUUCACUGGAUACAUGGCAGAGGCUGAAGAUACAAUGAAUGUCCGAUUGGAUGAAGUGCAGAUGGUCACUCGAGAUGGAAGACCAAUGUCUUUAGAAUAAGUCUAUUUGAGAGGCAGUUAGAUUAGAUUUGUUGUGAUUCCCGAUGUGUUCAAAUAUGCACCUAUGUUCAAGAAGAUCAGAGCCAAUGCCAAGAGCAAGAAUAUGUAGUAAAUAAGAGAGAAGGCAAGACAAGUGAGAGAGGAGUUGGUACCUCGUAUCAAGUAGGGUUUGGAGUAGUAGAAGAAAUGAUAAAUAAAUAUCUAUUGUAAUUUAAGUUUAAAUAAUAAAUUAUUAAUGA